AUGACCGUAUUCGGAGAUUUCCUCUACCUCCAAACUUUGGAGACAAGAGUAGUUCAGCAGAUGAAUGUAUCCACGGGUGUUGUAUAUCGAAACAUUUCUUUACCAAAACCGCUUGCCCGUUUGAAUGACCUCGCCAUUGUGGAGCAAUCCCAGUACCCAACAG